GAGCUCGCGACGUUACGUAGCCGCCAUUUUGUUUCACCGGGAGUAAAGAAAUUAAUCAGGAAAGCACCGGGGUGAAUAUUUUCCUUUAUUUGAAGCACCUUCAUCACGACAAAACAGCAUCGUGCACUCAAGUUUAAAUUCGCAUGAUGUCUGAAGAUAUGGCCACAGAUCACGUUAACGGGAACGGUACAGAGGAGCCCAUGGACACUACAGCGGAGGUUACCCACUCAGAACAUUUCCAGGCUCUACUGGAGGCUGGUUUACCUCAAAAAGUUGCUGAAAAGCUAGAUGAACUUUACGUAGCAGGCCUGGUAGCACAUAGCGAUCUAGAUGAACGGGCCAUCGAAGCUUUGAAAGAAUUUAAUGAAGAGGGGGCCCUGCAAGUGCUGGUCCAGUUUAAAGAGAGUGAUUUAUCACAUGUGCAAAACAAAAGUGCCUUUCUCUGUGGGGUAAUGAAGACUUACAGGCAGAGGGAGAAACAAGGGACUAAAGUUUCAGAUUCCACUAAAGGACCAGACGAGGCUAAAAUCAAAGAACUCCUGGACAGAACCGACUAUACCCUCGAUGUAACAACAGGCCAGCGAAAGUAUGGUGGCCCCCCACCCGAGUCUGUGUACUCCGGUGCCCAACCCACGGUUGGAACAGAGAUCUUUGUCGGGAAGAUUCCUCGUGACUUGUUUGAAGAUGAGCUGGUUCCUCUUUUUGAGAAGGCUGGACCUAUCUGGGACCUCAGGCUGAUGAUGGACCCUCUGAGUGGCCUGAACAGGGGCUACGCCUUUGUUACAUUCUGCACUAAAGAAGCAGCCCAGGAGGCAGUGAAGUUGUGUAAUAAUCAUGAGAUUCGCCCUGGCAAGCACAUUGGAGUGUGUAUAUCAGUCGCCAACAACAGGCUAUUUGUUGGCUCCAUUCCCAAGAGUAAAACAAAGGAGCAGAUUGUUGAAGAGUUCGCUAAAGUCACAGAGGGUCUCAGUGACGUCAUACUCUACCAUCAACCAGAUGACAAAAAGAAGAACAGAGGCUUCUGCUUCCUGGAGUAUGAAGACCACAAAACGGCAGCUCAGGCCCGACGCCGGUUAAUGAGUGGCAAAGUGAAAGUUUGGAGCAAUGUGACGGUGACAGUGGAGUGGGCAGAUCCCAUCGAAGACCCCGAUCCGGAGGUCAUGGCCAAGGUCAAGGUUUUAUUUGUGCGAAAUCUUGCUAAUGGCGUCACAGAGGAAAUCCUGGAGAAGGCGUUCAGUGAGUUCGGGAAACUGGAACGAGUGAAAAAGUUGAAAGACUACGCUUUCAUUCACUUUGAAGAGAGAGACGGUGCAGUGAAGGCCUUGGAAGAAAUGAAUGGAAAGGAGCUGGAGGGAGAGGCCAUUGAGAUUGUGUUUGCAAAGCCACCAGAUCAGAAGAGGAAGGAGCGCAAGGCCCAGAGACAGGCAGCCAAAACGCAGAUGUAUGAUGACUAUUACUACUACCCUCCUCCUCCUCACAUGCCUCCUCCUGUCCGUGGGCGGGGCAGAGGCGGUAACCGUGGCGGCUACGCCUACCCCCCUGACUACUACGGCUACGACGAGUACUACGACUACUACGGCUAUGACUAUCACAACUACCGCGGCGGCUACGACGACCCCUACUAUGGGUACGACGACUUCCAGUCACCUGGCCGAGGGCGCGGCGGCAGCAGGGGCGCCCGGGGUGGAGCCUCCCCGGCUAGAGGACGUGGCGGCACCGGGGCACCCAGGGGCAGGGCCGGCUUCUCCCAGCGCGGCGGGCCCGGACCAGGCCGUGGCGGGCGGGGCGCAAGAGGAGGCGUGCAGCCGAGAGGGCGAGGAGGGGUACGUGGUGCGCGGGGUGGCCGCGGUGGAAAUGUAGGAGGAAAGCGCAAAGCUGACGGGUACAACCAGCCAGAUUCCAAGCGUCGCCAGACCAAUAAUCAGAACUGGGGCUCUCAACCCAUUGCUCAGCAACCGCUCCAAGGUGGUGAUCAUUCUGCAGGGAAAAGGGGUCGAGGCCGGUCCUGAUGUGUCGCUAUGAAGACUGACCAGUGUUUGGCGUUGACACUGCAGGCCGCCAGUGGAUGGAAUGGUAAGGUCACCUGACUCAGUGGUCCAAUGGUAUUCCACAUCUCCUGAAACUGCCACGUUUGAAGAUAAUCAGAAGAGCGAUUUUUUUAUUUUUUUUUUUUCUUUAAAGUAUGAAAGCCUCCCCUUCCCCCUCCCCUCCCUCACCCGCCCCAGACAGACCCACCAUACGAGACUUACCAAGUAAGAAUUAAUGGUGGACAUCUUCUGGAAAAGUCGUAGCACUUUUGUUUUUGUUCACUCGGAGCUGUGAUGUUCAAUUUGGUUGUUGAAUGACAUCUGUAACAGACUAGAAGAGAUGGUCUCUGAUUAUCGGAGAGGAUCGGCGUGCAGCGUUCAGGUGCGAUCCACCGCCGCUGAAGCUCGACCAUUCCAGGAAAACGGUUCCUUAAGAACCGCCAAUGGUCUAACUACCUCAGUUUAUGAGGUUUUUACCUGCUAUCUCCUUUUUUUUACUUGAGGAACCCAAACCUUCCACCUCAGAGGUAAACGAACAGCAGCAGCAGCAGUGGAGUUGUAGUUCUCAGCUGAAGGGUUGGUGUGGAUGGAAUGAAGUGGGUUUGGGGGCUAGUUUUACCCACAAUCCACAGCAGGUGGAAGACGCAGCAGAACACAUUUAACACACCUGGAAAAUCCAAUACCAAAAAAACACCUAUUGAAGCAGAGAACGCAGUUAAGUUCAGGUUCCACAUACAGACCAAUGUGAUUUAAGUCAAAUAACAUAAAAUAACCAUAAUAACAUUAUAAUAAUCUAUAAAUCCAAAUUUUUUUGUUCUUUCAGUGUGAAAGUUCAGUUACUUUUUGGCCCACCAAAGGGUCCAGUAUUUAUGAAAUGAAAAAAAUUACAGUGAAGAUAUUAACAGUGAAUGGUGUUAAUACCUUUUUAGUCCAGGUUCCACAUUCAGACCAAUAUGAUCUAAACUAAAAUACUUGCAUAUUAACCUAUAAAUAACGAUAACCCCAAAUGUUUCUAUAGUGUAAAUAAUUAUAAUUGCAUUAUGUAAUUAUGGACGUUUUCUUACUAUAAUAUUGCUUUUUUCACAUUAAACCAAGGAGAAACUAAGGAUGUGUCAUUAUUUAUAGCUUAUGUUGUUAUUUUACUUGAAAUCCCAUUAAGUUGUAUAUGGAACCUGAACAUCCUUAACUAUAAAUAAUUUCAGUAUAACUUUUGCACUUCUGAAAUUUAUCCCACGGGGGCAGGUUGGACCAUUUGGUGAGCCAGUUUUGGCCCAUGGGCCAUAUGUUUGACACCCCUGUACUCAAGUAUUUACAUUGAUUAAAAAGGCUGAGCAGAGACGUAACUGUAGGGAUUUGGAUCAUAUUCUGGGUGUUUUAAAGAAGACGCAAUUCCCCUUUAACAUCAGCUAAUUAAAAUUUGAUAAAUUGUGUACAUUAACACAGACUGUUAUUUGUAUCUCAAAUUAUUUCUAAAAAAUAUGGAAAUGUCAAAGAGAUAACUGAUAAAACCCAUACAUUGUCUGUUGUUGGGAGUUGGCGCUGAUUUAUUUUUAAAAGAUUAGAUAUUAAAAAAAAUAUAGAAAAACUCAUUUAUCCCAGUAUAAAACUAUAUUGUGACAUUAGUCAUUACACCUGAAUUCAACGUGUCCGCACACUUUUGUCCACAUAUUGAACCUGUUCAGUCCGUUUCCCUUAAACCUGAACCAUACUCACCUCCAUCUAACAUCAGACUCCUCCCAUAGACGGAUAAGCCCCUCCCUCAGCCCCAUGUUAAACUACCCACACCGACCCUUAGACGUGGCGUAGGCGCGUUCCCAAAAUGAGCCUGAACAAGCCUGGGCGUCAUGGCGAUGGACUGUACCGGAGGUUGUUUUUGUACUGUUUUUGUGGCUUUUCUUUGAGGGGCUGUGGUCCUUGUCGGUCUUCCACGGUGGACCAUGUGUCCCAUCAGUGUACGCAUGUCCUGUUUGUGUUUGCUCAUGAAUGACCAUAGACGUCCACAGAAGCUGCCUUUCAUUUUUAAAACC